AUUGAUACGUUUAUCCAUUGUGUUUCAUCACCUUCACACCUUAACUCACCUCCUUUACUUACAUAGUCACGUUUAUCAUUCAUCAUUAAUCAAGCACCCUGUGAGGCUAUAUUAUAUAAUUUUCUACUGAUAUUAUAUUGCAUUUUAUUUCUUAUACGUUUAUGCCACCGGUAGGACCUCCAAUUCACUUGAAUCCCAUCAAGCAAAACCUACCUUUACCUAUCCCCGUACCGCGUCAAGAAACCGGCCAGUACUGUGUAUCCAAUAGCUGCAAACACCCUCGUCCCCAUAGCACCACUUACUACCAGCCCAAGGGAACGUUUCGAUUUCCGUCAAUCGGCAUACUGCCGAUUCGAUAAUACCUACUAUUGGCAAUACAACGCCCAAGAGUACAAGCUAGAGGUUCUACGUCAUAACCACACCAUGGCCAACAUCACGUUAAUUGACCCAACCAUCACCUCACAGCAAUCACAAACCUCACCAACAACACAACCGCGAACCAUCUCACAGUCUCGCGCAAAGUCCUCCAGACGGCCACCUAAACACCGACCAGAAGAUAUGUGCCGAGGUCGCGAUGGCCAGACGGCCGAAGGACACACUGUGCGCAAGAACGCUGGUUGCGCCAUUGAUGCGUGUUCAAAGUGUUGUGUGGCGUUCCUUCCACAGGGGAUUUUCUGUGGCAAGCACGAGUCGAUGGCAAAGACUAAAGCUAAGAAACUGAAUAACCAAGCAGCCCAGCCGGUUUUGUCUCAGUCGCCCUUGACUAACAACAAUACAACUCCCAGCGGUGCCGGGACCAAUGCCACUGCGCGUUUAACUCAAGCUGGUCGAAGCUUUUACCGCGAACUCAGUUCACCCGAGUAUGCCAAGUUCCGAAGCAUCUCAAUCCAGAAACAAGCCGAAGAACGUCUCCUUCAAGACCGAAUGAAAAUUGCCUGAAAGAAUGUAUCCAUGUUUGUUUGGUCUUCUCUCGACAAGGACCAUACUUCCAAGUGUAGUUUUUGGCGAGUACCUGCCCCUCAAUGGCCAUUGUUGGCACUUCAGGAAAGCAAAGUCUUCACCGCGCUUGUGAAAAAUCAGCUUGGAGAAGACUGGAAUGGCACGUUCCAAGUUUGGAACAUAGAAGAACAACUAUGGAUGAACAUUCAGGAAACCACCGUGGAAUUAUAUCAGGAAGAUCAUCGUAAAAUCCUUAUAAUAUUUCCUGGUAUCUCCACUUACCAAUGCAAAGACCUUGAUCGCCACAAAGCCUCUAUUGACCAAAUGUCCGAUCACACUGCAAUGGACAUCUCGCGAUUCAUCACCCACCCCUCAAAUCAUCACACACCACCUUCCGUCCCAUCAAUGACAGGAUUAUUGUCAUCCACUGGAGCCAAUACGCGUGGACCUGGAUCGAAUACCAAUCCACUGGUGCUUGACACUCCGCCUGCUAAUAACGACACACCUAAUCCACCAAACUUUAACAGCCCUGAUACACCACCGUCUCCUAAUUCAUCACUUCCUGCACCUGAGGAAGCACUCACUCCAGUUGUGAACGGCGCUUGGCCGGAUGGCGUAAGAAUGACCCAAAUGUUGCGAUUUUUAGAACUCACUACAGGUCCCGAACCGUUACGUAUCAAACAAGGUUGGGAGCGGGUUUUUGGCAGCAGAUACACGUAUAUGGCUUCUACUGUUUCGCAUUACAGAAGAUGGUUAUCAACCAUAGGUCAUCAGGAAUUGUCUGCAUAUGUUGAAAGAGGUGGUCAUCGCAGUGUUAAGGAAGGUAAAGUGUUCUUUUGCGAGGCAUGGAAGCAACUUGAUCGCCGUAUUACCAGUAGCUCUCGUCGAUCAAAGCGUUGUUGAUUAGUUAUCACUUAUUUUCUUCACAUUCACUUUCUACCUUUCUCCUCUUGAUGCUUCACAUACUAUCGUUAAUCAUGUUGUCCAAAUUAUUAAGCCUACUUCCACUCAUAUUCAGUCUAUUUUUCAUUUAUUAUUGUAUAUAUUCCAUUGUAUAUAUUGUAUGUACAAAUUUUGACCAAUGUGCAUAAUUGUCAAAUAUUUCAGUAAUUUUAAUAAAGACUUUGGCCCUGUCCGUAACAUAUGAGGAUAUCAUUCUAAUAAACGUC